GGCGUAGGUUUAGGAACCACGCGGGACCGUGGGGCGUCCCGUCUGCGGCACGUGGUUUCCUUUGGGCUCGCGCCGCUCACUGUGUUGUCUCCGCCCCGCCCCCUCGGGGAGAGGGACCCUGGACAGGUUCUUUGGGGGCGGAGCUGCAGCCGCCGAAGGGGAAGGGAGCCACCUGGGAGCUUCGGAGCCCCUGAGGGCCGGGCUGCAGCCCGCAACUGGGGAGUGGCUGAGCCGGGAGGGUCCCCGCAGGCAGGGUCCGAACCCGCUAGGAUCCGGGCUGGUGCCGAGGAGGGAGGGCCUGGCCACCCGCGAUGCUCGGGGCCCGGUGCCUGCUGCGAGCCCUGCGCUCCUGUUCCUCUGCUCCCUGCCCGAGCCCCAAGCCUUCGGCCAAACUGAGCGUGCGGGACGCUCUCAGGGUCCAGACCGCGAGUGGGGAGCGCGUUAAGGUUCAGGGAUGGGUUCGUUCAGUCCGAUCCCAGAAGGAAGUCUUGUUCCUGCAUGUAAAUGAUGGGUCAUCUUUGGAAAGCCUUCAGGUUGUAGCAGAUUCAAACUUAGAGAGUAGAGAACUAAAUUUUGGAUGUUCUGUGGAAGUUCAAGGGCAGCUGGUAAAAAGUCCAUCCAAAAGGCAAAAUGUGGAACUGAAGGCAGAAAAAAUUGAAGUUGUUGGAAAUUGUGAUCCCAAGGAUUUCCCUUUAAAAUAUAAAGACAGACCUCCUCUGGAGUAUCUGAGACAAUUUCCUCAUCUUCGAUGUAGAACUAAUGCCCUGGGUUCUAUACUGAGGGUUCGCAGUGAGGCCACAGCUGCUAUUCAUUCUUUCUUUAAGGACAGUGGCUUUGUGCAUAUUCAUACUCCAAUAAUCACAUCCAAUGACUGUGAGGGGGCUGGAGAGCUCUUUCAAGUUGAACCUUCAAGCAAAGCAAAGGUACCUGAAGAGAAUUUCUUUGAUGUUCCUGCUUUCUUAACUGUCUCGGGACAACUUCACCUAGAAGUGAUGUCAGGAGCUUUUACUCAAGUGUUUACCUUUGGUCCAACAUUUCGAGCUGAGAAUUCUCAGAGCCGGAGACACCUGGCAGAGUUUUAUAUGGUAGAAGCCGAGAUCUCUUUUGUUGAGAGUCUUCAAGAUCUCAUGCAGGUCAUGGAGGGGCUCUUCAAGUCCGUAACAGCGAUGGUUCUCGCCAGCUGUCCCGAGGAUGUUGCGCUCUGCCACAGGUUCAUUGCUCCGGGCCAAAAGGACAGAUUAGAACAUAUGCUAAAAAACAACUUUUUAACCAUUUCUUACACGGAAGCCGUGGAGAUCUUAAAGCAGGCGUCCCAGAACUUCACCUUCACCCCAGAGUGGGGUGUUGAUCUACAUACUGAACAUGAAAAGUACCUGGUGAAGCACUGUGGCAACAUACCAGUCUUUGUCAUUAAUUAUCCAUUAGCACUGAAGCCUUUCUACAUGAGGGACAAUGAAGAUGGGCCUCCGCACACAGUUGCUGCUGUUGACCUUCUGGUUCCUGGAGUUGGAGAGCUCUUUGGAGGAAGCCUCCGAGAGGAGCGAUACCAUUUCUUAGAGCAGCGGCUGGCCAGAUCAGGACUGACAGAAGCCUACCAAUGGUAUCUGGACCUCCGUCGAUUUGGAUCUGUGCCACAUGGAGGUUUUGGGAUGGGAUUUGAACGCUAUCUACAAUGCAUCUUGGGAAUUGACAAUAUAAAAGAUGUCAUCCCUUUUCCAAGAUUUACUCAUUCAUGUAUUUUGUAACUGGAAGACUGGUUAAGGGAAAUCAUGCAAGCCAGAGGUGCUGUACACACAUGUGCCUACAGGAGAACGCAUGUUUGGAUUUUAGAAGUGAAGAAGUUUUCAAAAUGUACUUGUUAUACCAUAGCAUAUAACAUGAAAAAUAAGUGGUCAUGAUUUUCUUACAAAGUAGAGGCAUUUCAUAGAAAGAUGAACUCUUCUAAGAAGAGGUACUUAUAGACUGUAGAAUCUCUAAUCAAUUAUGUCAAUUAAGAAGAAAUGAAGAAAUUGAACUAGAUGGUUUCAAAGGUCCUUUCAAACUCUAAAAAAGGAUGAGAUAGUGUACUUUUUCUUUAAUGAUUAGCUCACUGAUUUGUGUGACCUUUGAGAAACAACCAGUAACUAAAAAUAAAAUGUUGUUGGACCUUUUCUUUCUUACCAUUUAACCUAUGACAAAUGCCCAUCUUAUUCUCUGUGUUUUACUAAACAUUAUAGAAGAAAAUAUUCCUUCUUUGGGUCUUAAGUUAAUAAACUGCUAUUCUGAAUUGAAA